GAGGAGGCGCCAUAUUGGCUCUGAGAGGCCGGAGCUCCAGCGGGCCUGACGGUCCUUCACUGCGAGUUUGAGCCAACAUGGCGGAGUGUGGCAGCGGCCGCGCAGCAGCAGCAGCAUUCACCAUUCACCACACCAACCUCUGGGAGGAUCCAGUGAGGAGAGGAAACAGGCCCGCCAUUUUCCUGCGAGCCUCCAGUCAGUCCUUUUAAAAGGCAGCGAGGGGGAGGCGAGGCCGGAGAGGAGGAGAGUCUGAGAGACGGAGGAGAGGAAAAGGAAAAGGGGGAAGCAGCACCUAGCUAGCAGAACGAAAAAGAGAAAGGAGCGAGGAGAGAGAGGUGCUGAGAGAGAGAGAGAGUGGAGCUAGCUGGAGGACUGUGGGGUUAGCCGGCUAAACUAAUAGAAGAGAAACCGUUAACGUUUUUCUUUACCCAGGUGGUGGAGGAACCGUGGUGGAACCCCAGCGUUGCUAAAACAUUGGAUUUACCAGGAGAUUUAUUCAGCUACUGUGAUCGGGUUUUUGGGCUUUUGGUUAACGUUGCCGAACCGAGAAGAUGUCUGGACAAAGCAUAACGGACCGGAUAACCGCAGCGCAGCACAGUGUGACCGGCUCUGCUGUGUCCAAGACGGUGUGCAAGGCGACCACGCAUGAGGUUAUGGGGCCAAAAAAGAAGCACUUGGAUUAUCUGAUCCAGUGCACGAAUGAAAUGAAUGUGAACAUCCCUCAGCUGGCAGAUACGCUGUUUGAGCGCACAACCAGCACUAGCUGGGUGGUGGUCUUCAAAUCCCUGAUCACCACACACCACCUCAUGGUUUACGGAAAUGAGCGAUUUAUUCAGUACUUGGCUUCCAGGAACACAUUAUUCAACCUCAGUAAUUUUUUGGACAAAAGUGGCUUACAAGGCUACGACAUGUCCACGUUUAUCCGGAGGAGUGGCCGCUAUCUGAACGAGAAGGCUGUGUCUUACAGACAGGUCGCUUUUGACUUCACUAAAGUGAAAAGAGGGUCUGAUGGUGUGAUGAGAACAAUGAACACAGAGAAGCUGCUAAAAACCCUCCCCAUUGUCCAAAAUCAGAUGGACUCUCUUCUCGAUUUUAAUGUAAAUGCCAAUGAACUCACAAACGGGGUCAUAAACGCAGCCUUCAUGCUCUUGUUUAAAGAUGCCAUUCGGCUGUUUGCUGCCUACAACGAAGGGAUUAUCAACCUACUCGAGAAGUACUUUGAUAUGAAGAAGGCUCAAUGUAAAGAGGGACUCGACAUCUACAAGAAAUUCCUCACCCGAAUGACAAGAAUCUCAGAGUUCCUCAAAGUUGCUGAGCAAGUGGGCAUUGACCGAGGAGACAUUCCAGACUUGUCUCAGGCCCCCAGCAGUCUUCUGGAUGCAUUGGAGCAGCACUUGGCUUCACUAGAGGGGAAGAAGGUGAAGGACUCGACGGCGGCCAGCAGGGCCAGUACGCUAUCCAACGCAGUGUCCUCUCUGGCGAACACGGGCAUAUCUUUCACCAAAGUGGACGAGAGGGAAAAACAGGCUGCACUGGAUGAAGAACAGGCUCGUUUAAAAGCACUUAAGGAACAGCGCCUGAAGGAACUCUCCAAAAAGCCUUCCACAUCCUCCACCACGGCUGCCUCUCCAGUCUCUACAGCAACUGGCACCAUCAGCACUGCCCCGGCCAUUGACCUGUUCUCCACACCCAGCUCAACCAGCAGUACUACAAAGGUGCCAAGUGAUCUUCUUGACCUGCAGCCAGCGUUCCAGCCUUCUCUGCCGCUUCCCACUGCUCUGCCUGUAACCAACACAUGGGGAGAUCCUUUCACUUCUUCUUCUUCAGAGACUGUCGACGACUCCAUUCCAAACUUAAACCCUUUCCUUGCCAAACCUGUCGAUGUCGCUCAUCUGCCUCUUGUGUCUUCAGAUGCUGUUAGUUUUUCUUCUAGGACACCCAGUCAUGAAAUGUUUGGUGAUCAUUACAAUCCCUUUCUCGAGUCAAGCUGCUCUGUUGCCUGCACACUCGAGCCCUCUGCUCGGAUAGAGGGUUUUCUCUCAGACUCGUUCUGUUCUCCGGCCCCCUACUCUAACACCCCGCUCUUCCACUCCGAGCCCUCCAAUGUAGCUGGACUAUUCGGAGGGUUUUCAGCGUCCCCCGUCCCCCAGCCCGCCAGCUCCUCCAGCCUUAACGUUGACUUCGACUCAGUGUUCGGCAAUAAAUCCACCGCUAACAACACAGACGCUGCCGAUGAUGUUUUAGGUGGUAUUUUAAAACCCACAGUAUCCUCUCCAAACCAAGGCCUGCCGCCCAGCAUCCAUCAGCCUAACAAACUGGUCUCUGACGACCUGGACUCCUCCCUGGCCAACCUUGUGGGCAAUCUGGGCAUUGGAAACGGCACAGCAAAGAAUGAUAUCCAUUGGAGUCAGCCGGGUGAGAAGAAGUUGACUGGUGGAACCAACUGGCAACCAAAGAAUGCUCCCACCACAACAUGGAACCCUGCCACGAUGAAUGGCAUGCAUUUCCCACAAUACGCGCCGUCCGUCAUGGCUUUCCCUGCCACAACGCCCACAGGCAUGAUGGGAUACCCAAUGCCACCACAGAUGGCCCCAAUGGCCAUGAUGACGCAGCCCACCAUGAUGUACACGCAGCCUGUGAUGCGGCCGCCUAACCCUUUCGGCCCAGUCUCAGGAGCACAGCCCUCGGCUGCCUCUAGUCCCUCCAGUCAGAGUCCUCUCAGGCCUCCAGGACAGGACCCCUUUGCACAGCUCUCUCUCAAGGAUUUCCUUUAGAGACUCUCUUAGAUGCAGUUCAUGUGAAGCAGCAGCAGUGCGUGUGCACUCCCAGAGGACGAAUCGAAUCACACAGCAGCUGAUCUUAAACCUUUAAUCUGUCCCCCAGUUCACUGUAUGACUCCAGCAGAAGAACGUGGCCCCAGUACCGGCUCUUACAGGACGCAGGGUUGAGAGGUGUUUGGGUGGGGUGAAGGGUGGGAGUGGGGGGUGUGUAUGGUGAGGGACAUCAGGCAGUCUGGCGAGUGUUUUUGUAAUUUGUCUAACAGUAACAGAGCUGCAGUUGUUUUCCCCGUACAGAACUGAAUUCAACAGACACACACAAUGGGUUAUUAGUGGAGAGGUAGGGGGAGGGAGGAGGAGGAGUCUUUGAGACCACAGUCGGGGAUUGACGCACAGCUUCACGUUCUACUCUGGGAAGGGAAAGAGAAGGGGUGGGUGGGGGUGGGAGUUAUUUCUUUACCCGAUCAGAAAUCAUGCAUUAUGUAAUUUAACCACCAACAUUUAAAUAUGCUGACUUGAGUUUGUACUAUGAUUUUUAUUCUUUUUUUUGUUUGUUUGUUUGUUUUUCAUUUGCAGUAGACAUUCCUUGUGUAUUGUUUGUAUUUAUUUAUGAGUUACCCGCUGAGGACAUGAUGGAAAACAAAAAAAUAAUUACUUUAUUGAGAUCUAUGGAGGAAUGUGCUUUUAUGGGUAUGAGUGUAGAAAUGGAUUUUGACUGAGUGACUGAGUUGAGAAAAAUUAUGGUAAUAUAAAAUAAAAAGGGGGUGGGGAGUACACCACCUCUGAAAACUGAAUUAUAUAACACUAAGUGUUGUUUGAACCCCAUUUCUCAUCUGGUGCAAUUCUACAUAGCUUGAAAACAACUCGCCCACUCCCUCCCGACCCUGUAUUCACAGGGGGAAAAUGGGAGGGAUAUAUACAAUUAGGUCCACAUAGUCGAUUCUGUGCCUAGAGUUGUUUUUUUUUUUUUGUUUUUUUUUUCCUUUGUUUUUGGCAAGGGAACCAUUUAUCAGACUAGCAUCACUACAUUUGUGAUUCUGCAGCGCUGCAUCGGGGAGGAGCUGUGUCGCUUUACGCUUGGCAUGUCAUUAUUUUACAUUGACGAAUUAUACGGCUGCCUUUUCCAACCUGAAUGUCCGGAGUUGCCUUCAUGCUUGGGCCAUCUUUCCCUACACAGGCACUAGAGGGCACCCUUUGCUGAAGCAGGAGCACAGGGAACGGCACACGCGUAAGCACAGACAGGCAUGCGUGUGAAGGUGUUACGGGUCGCCAUCAUCAGGGUGGGUUCGGUAGUGUCUUUGUAAAUUAGAAGUAGUUGCAGUAGAACAGGAGAUGGAGAAGCACUGUUGAUCGGUGCUUUCUGUAAAUAAUCCCGGACCCUGUCCAGUAGAGGAGCAUGUGAAGGAUGGUCCCAAUAUGAAGGUGAUUCUAUCCAUUGAUUUAGCAUAUUUGCUGCAUUUGUCCCUGCAGAUUCUAUUUUUGUUUAUAUAUAUAAAAAAAAAUGUAUGUGAGCAGAAUUUGAUUGAUUUUCAAAUAAAAGAGCAGCUUCCACAAAAGUGAA